UACAUUGAAACUACUGUCACUUUUCCAAAAGAAUUUCUUGGUAUGUCUGUUGAGGUGCCCACAUUAGCUCUCAUAGUUCCUGACGUUCGAGCUACCUCAGGGUCCUACUUACUCAUAGGGACAAAUACACUUGAUGUGUUGUAUGACAUUUAUCGCAAAGCUAAUCCAGGAGAUCCCAAGACAUUUCCUCACGGCUACAAAGCGGUCAUUAAGGUGCUUGAACUCAGACACAAUCAGUCUAACGUCAGUCACCAUGGUGUUGUAAAACUGAAGGGCAGAAUCUCUCAGGUUGUCCCAGCAGGGGCCACAGUGGUUUUGGAGGGUGUCUCUACUGCCAGCGGUCUUCAGCAUGAACAAUCAGUUGUUGUUGAGCAGCCUUCCAGUUCCUCUCUACCUGGUGGUCUGCUAGUGAACACUUGUCUGGUUGAUCUGUCCAAACAACGACCCUUUAGGCUUCCAGUUGUGAUUACCAACCAAUCUGAACAUGACAUUGUCAUUCCUGCUAAAUGUCAAAUUGCUGACAUUAGCGCUUACCAAUGUAUUUUGUCAAAGGAGCAGAGUGUGGUUAACUUGCAAAAGGCAGAUCUCACUCAAGAGGCCAAUUGUAACUUCAACUUUGGAGAGUCCCCAAUCCCUCCCGAGUGGAAGGGUCGUAUCACACGACUCCUUAACAACAUGCCAGAUGUAUUUGCGCAACAUGACUUGGACUUUGGAAGAACCGACAAGGUGACUCACCACAUCAAGCUCUCAGACGAGGCUCCUUUCAAACACCGUGCUCGUCCGCUACACCCUCAAGACAUUGAAGCUGUCCGUAGGCACAUUCAAGAGCUUCUUGAUACAGGUGUAAUCAGAGAGUCCGAGUCUCCCUUCUCUUCGCCCAUUGUGGUAGUCCGUAAAAAGAAUGGCCAGGUCCGGUUGUGCAUAGACUACAGGAAACUCAACCUUCAGACAAUAAAGGAUGCUUACACGCUUCCUAAGCUUGAAGACACCUUCGCGGCUCUCUCUGGUUCCCAGUGGUUUUCUGUGCUUGACCUGAAGUCUGGAUAUUAUCAAAUCGAAGUGGAGGAAGCGGAUAAACCCAAGACGGCCUUUGUCUGCCCUUUGGGUUUCUGGGAAUUUAACCGCAUGCCGCAAGGCCUGACAAAUGCGCCAAGCACAUUCCAAAGAUUAAUGGAGAAGUGCAUGGGGGAUAUGCAUUUGAAAGAGGUGUUAGUUUUCCUCGACGACUUGAUAGUGUUCUCAAAGACCCUGGAAGAACAUGAAACAAGGUUGUUGGAGGUGCUCACUCGGUUGAGAGAGUUUGGAUUAAAGUUAUCACCUGAAAAGUGUGUGUUUUUCCAGACCUCAGUGCGGUACCUGGGACACAUAGUGUCCAGAAAUGGAGUUGAGACAGAUCCAGAGAAAAUCUCUGCCCUUCGUACGUGGCCAGUUCCUCAGACCCUCAGGGAAUUGCGAUCUUUUCUUGGGUUCGCUGGCUAUUAUCGAAGGUUCGUAAAAGACUAUUCCAGCAUUGUGAAGCCCCUCAAUGAUCUGACUCAGGGCUAUCCUCAAUCAACCAAAAGGGGUAGAUCAAGAGACAGCCAAGAGCAUUAUCACCAUCCCAAAGAGCCGUUUGGGAACCGUUGGACAUCAGCUUGCCAGCAGGCAUUUGAGUCAGUUAUUGAAAAGCUGACAACCGCCCCUGUCCUAGGGUUCGCUGACCCUCAAAAGCCUUAUGUGCUCCACACUGAUGCUAGCACUACAGGCCUUGGUGCUGUCUUGUACCAGGAGCAGGAAGGGCAGUUACGUGUCAUAGCCUAUGCAAGCAGAGGGCUGUCGCAUAGCGAGUCUCGAUACCCAGCGCACAAAUUAGAGUUUUUGGCGCUUAAGUGGUCAGUAACAGAAAAGUUUAGUGACUACCUAUAUGGGAAUCACUUUACUGUUGUCACUGAUAGCAAUCCCUUGACGUACAUAUUGACGACUGCAAAACUUGAUGCAACGAGCUACAGAUGGCUCGCAGCUUUGUCUACGUUCACAUUCAAGCUGCUGUAUCGUCCUGGGAAGCAAAACUGGGAUGCGGAUGGGUUAUCCCGUAGACCCCACGGAGCUCUUGUGGAUGAUCUGAAAUCCCAGAAAGAGAGGGAGCGCAUUUUCCAGUUCACUCAGGGUCAUCUCGCUGAUCUUGAAAAUCUCGAGGAAGCCAACCAAGCGGUUGUGAAAGCCAUUUGUGAAAGACAGUCAGUGUAUAGCGCCAGCUCUGUUAAUCCGAGUUUGGAUGGCUGUGUUACUCUUGUUGAAACUCUUGCUAUGUCCUCUGAUGCUGUGCCUGACUGCUAUGGACAAGAAGAUGAGUUUGGAGGAUUGCCUGUUAUUCCUCAACUGACUGAGGCUGAGUUGAUGGAUAAACAGAGAGCUGACCAAUGUCUAAGGCAUUUUAUAUCCCAACUUGAGCAUGGGGUAAGCCCACCGCCUACUUUAAGGAGUGAACUUCCAGAUCUUCCACUCCUACUUCGAGAGGUUGGUCGGUUUCAGCUUAUAAAUGGCAUCUUAUACCGGAGACGCCAGCUCGGGUCUCGGGUAUCUCACCAGCUAGUACUGCCCCCAGAGCUCAGAGAGACUGUUUUGAGCAGUCUGCAUGACCAUAUAGGUCAUAUGGGCAUUGAGCGCACAUUAGAUCUCGUUAGGGCCAGAUUCUAUUGGCCCAGAAUGGCCUUGGAUGUAGAGAGGAAAAUAAAGACCUGUGGUAGAUGUGUGCGCAGAAAGGCGUUGCCUGACAGAGCUGCACCGUUAGUCAACAUCAGUACCACAAGGCCACUGGAAAUGGUUUGUAUGGACUUCCUCUCUCUCGAACCAGACAAAAGUGGAGCCAAAGACAUCCUUGUGAUCACUGAUCAUUUUACUAAGUAUGCAAUUGCUAUACCAACAUGCAAUCAAAAGGCUCGCACAGUAGCUAAGUGCCUAUGGGACAAUUUUAUUGUGCAUUACGGGUUCCCAGAAAAGUUGCACAGUGAUCAGGGACCUGAUUUUGAGUCUCGCACAAUAAAAGAGCUCUGUCAGAUGGCUGGCAUACAGAAGGUUAGAACUACUCCCUACCAUCCCAGAGGAAAUCCAGUGGAGCGGUUCAAUCGCACAUUGCUGGACAUGCUAGGCACUCUUCACAACAAAGACAAGUCUCACUGGCGUGAUUUUGUGAAGCCCCUUGUUCAUGCUUAUAAUUGCACCAGGAAUGAGGUGACUGGAUUUGCACCGUACGAGCUUAUGUUCGGUCGCCAGCCUCGCCUGCCGGUGGAUUUGGCUUUUGGGCUGCCGGUGAAAGAGGAGCAACAGAUUUCACACUCACAGUACGUGCAAAAUCUGAAAUCCCACUUACAAGAGAGUUACAAGGUAGCUACUGGAAAUGCUGCCAAGAUAGCAGAAAAGAAUAAAUCCAGAUUUGACAGGCGUGUGACUAUUUCAGAUUUGGAGGUAGGGGACAGAGUAUUAGUCAGAAAUGUCCGCAUUCGUGGAAAAAACAAGAUUGCAGACAAGUGGGAGGCAGCCAUCUACAUAGUGGUAAGCAGAGCAGGAUCCCUUCCAGUGUAUACUGUGAGACCUGAAAAGAAAGAUGGUCCACUGCGGACAUUGCAUAGGGACCUAUUACUCCCUUGUGGCUAUCUCCCCAACGAGAGUAGUGACAAA